CUCUGGAUGAAGGAGAUAUUGCCUUGCUGAAGACAUAUGGCCAGAGCACCUACUCGAGGCAGAUCAAGCAAGUUGAAGAUGAUAUCCAGCAACUGCUUAAGAAAAUCAAUGAGCUCACUGGAAUCAAGGAAUCUGACACUGGCCUGGCUCCUCCUGCCCUGUGGGAUCUGGCUGCAGACAAACAGACUCUCCAGAGUGAACAACCAUUACAAGUUGCAAGGUGCACGAAGAUAAUCAAUGCAGACUCUGAGGAUCCCAAGUACAUUAUCAAUGUCAAGCAGUUUGCCAAGUUCGUGGUGGAUCUCAGUGACCAGGUGGCACCUACUGACAUAGAAGAAGGCAUGAGAGUUGGGGUGGACAGAAACAAGUAUCAAAUCCAUAUCCCCUUGCCUCCAAAGAUUGAUCCCACAGUCACCAUGAUGCAAGUAGAAGAAAAACCUGAUGUGACUUACAGUGAUGUUGGUGGUUGUAAGGAGCAGAUUGAAAAGCUGAGAGAGGUGGUCGAAACUCCUCUGCUUCAUCCUGAAAGAUUUGUGAACCUUGGAAUUGAGCCUCCCAAAGGAGUGCUUUUGUUUGGGCCACCUGGUACAGGCAAAACCCUUUGUGCCCGUGCUGUUGCUAACAGGACUGAUGCCUGCUUCAUCAGGGUGAUUGGCUCUGAGCUGGUGCAGAAAUACGUGGGAGAGGGAGCUCGAAUGGUUCGUGAACUCUUUGAAAUGGCCAGAACUAAAAAAGCUUGUCUUAUAUUCUUCGAUGAGAUUGAUGCCAUCGGAGGUGCUCGUUUUGACGACGGGGCUGGGGGUGACAAUGAAGUCCAACGCACUAUGCUGGAGCUGAUCAACCAGUUGGAUGGGUUUGACCCACGAGGCAACAUCAAAGUGCUGAUGGCCACAAACAGACCUGACACUCUGGAUCCAGCACUGAUGAGGCCUGGCAGGCUGGACAGGAAGAUAGAGUUUAGCUUGCCUGAUCUGGAGGGUCGAACUCACAUCUUCAAGAUCCACGCUCGGUCCAUGAGUGUUGAAAGAGACAUCAGGUUUGAGCUGCUGGCCCGGCUGUGUCCGAACAGCACAGGUGCCGAGAUCCGCAGUGUCUGCACGGAGGCAGGAAUGUUUGCCAUCCGAGCACGGAGAAAAAUCGCAACCGAGAAAGAUUUCUUGGAGGCAGUGAACAAAGUCAUCAAAUCCUAUGCGAAAUUCAGUGCUACCCCACGCUACAUGACCUACAACUAAUGCCUGGGAAUGUUUCCCUGUUGCUCUUAAACUUUCUGUGGAACAAAAAUGCAAGUGUAGCAGUUCCUGGUUUGUUCUUGGAAGCUAGAAAUAAAUGGAGUAUUCCAAAC